GGUUGUGUAAAUGCGAUGGGUUGGGCACCCGCGGCCUCCGGCCCCAGGCAGUUACCUCAGCCGCAGGGCGGCGAUACAGCCAAAGCAACUGGAUCAAGAGCGCCUCCGGAACUAAAGCGUUGGCCUGUGUCUGCUCCAGGGCUCCGUUUCUCCGAGCACCGGGGGGCGGGGCCUGGCCAGUGGGGCUCGGCGGAGAGCAGCCCGGGCUGGCUGAGGGUGCAGCGAGGUGAGGUCGCCGGCUGCUGGACCAUGCUGAGUGGCGCGUGCGGCAGGCUCGUCUCAGCGCCGCUGUCCGCCGUCGCCCGCAGGUGGCUGCACGCGUCGGUGCCUAGACUGUCAGCGGACCGGAGCGCGAAGGCGGGGGAGCAGCCCCGCGCCUUGGACCCGGCGCUGCUGGAGUUCCUGGUGUGCCCGCUCUCCAAGAAGCCGCUCAGAUACGAAGCAUCGACAAAUGAAUUGAUUAAUGAAGAGUUGGGAAUAGCAUAUCCAGUCAUCGAUGGCAUUCCUAAUAUGAUACCACAGGCAGCUAGGAUGACACAUCAAAAUAAGAAGAAAGAAGAAAUGGAGCAGCACUAAACCAUAAUUUUUUUAAAAAAAAGAAAA